CUGCGCGACACUGGCUAAACAAUAAACAUAACCUAUGAUUAAGAUUCUUCCGCACCGUGAAAUAAAUAGACAAACAGUUGAUUCAGAGUUGAGUCGAUUGUGCACAGUUUGCGUGUGAACAUGGAUAUUGGAGAGUUGCUGAAUUACAAGCCAUCUCAAGCAGUCAAGAGGCCUGCUGAGGGCGAUGAAGAAGAUAACGAGAAUGAGCAUGAUAAACAUAAGAGGAUGAGGAGGCUCGCCAGAGCUAAGGCCAGCCGUAUGACCAGACCAUCAUCUCCAACACCUUCAAUUGCCACAGUAGAUACAAUCACUGAUGAGGAGCGGGCAGAGAUUCUAAAAUUUGUGGAAACUGAGCAGACUGAGGGAGAGAUUUUGGAUGAAGGAGCAAUCAAAAAGAUCGUCCUGAAUUUUGAGAAGCGAUGCUUGAAGAAUCGCGAGAUGCGCAUCAAAUUUCCCGAUGCUCCAGAGAAGUUUAUGGAGAGCGAAGUGGAAUUGCACGAGGUUCUACAAGAGAUGAGAGUUUUGGCCACGGCUCCAGAUUAUUACCCGCUUUUGAUACGUUUGAGCGUAAUUCCCAGUCUUCUUGAGCUCUUGUCACAUGACAAUACAGAUAUUGCUGUGGGAACUAUUGAGUUACUGCAAGAAAUGUCUGAUGUGGAUAUCCUGAAUGAAUCAGAGGAAGGGGCUGAUGCAUUGGUGGAGUCACUGUUGGAGCAUCAGAUUAUAGCGCUUUUGGUGCAAAAUUUGGACAGGUUGGAUGAGACUGUGAAGGAGGAGGCAGAUGGAGUACACAAUAGCUUGGGGAUUGUUGAGAAUUUGACGGAGUUGAGACCGGAGAUUUGCAAUGAAGCCUCCAAGCAAGGUUUGCUGCAGUGGUUACUGAAACGUUUGAAAGUCAAAGCGCCUUUCGAUGGAGUAAAGUUAUACGUGAGCGAGAUUCUUUCCAUCCUGCUGCAGGAUAACACGCAGAAUCAACUAGCUCUGGGAGAGAUGGAUGGAAUAGAUACAUUGCUUCAGCAACUGGCUUUCUACAAGAAGCACGAUCCCUCCAACGCGGAGGAACACGAGCUUAUGGAGAACUUAUUCAACUGCUUGUGCGGAUCACUGCUCUCUGUUCCGAACAGAGAUAAGUUCUUGAAGGGCGAAGGGCUGCAGUUGAUGAACUUGAUGUUGCGCGAGAAAAAAACGUCCAGGAAUGGCUCGUUGAAGGUGCUGGAUUACGCGAUGUCUGGGCCUCACGGUAAGGACAAUUGCAACAAAUUCGUGGACAUCCUAGGUCUGCGCACAAUCUUCCCGCUGUUCAUGAAGACUCCCCGGAAGAACAGGAAGAGGGUGCUGUCGUCGGAAGAGCACGAGGAGCACGUGGCUUCCAUCAUUGCUUCGAUGUUGAGGAACUGCAAGGGUCCACAGAGGCAGAGAUUGGUCAGCAAAUUCACGGAAAACGACCACGAGAAGGUGGACAGGUUGAUGGAGCUGCACUUCAAGUACCUGGAGAAAGUGGAGGCCAUUGAUGAUGGGACUGAUGAGGAUGAAUCGUACAUGAAGAGGUUGGAAGGUGGACUGUUUACUUUACAACUAGUAGAUUAUAUCGUCUUAGAGGUCUGCAACGCAGGACCUGCGAGCAUCAAGCAACGCGUGGUGCAGGUGUUAAACCUUCGGGGAGCAUCUCUGAAGACUAUUCGACAUGUCAUGAGGGAGUAUGCGGGGAAUUUGGGGGAGGAGGGCGACAAGGAGUGGCGAGACCAGGAGCAGCAGCACAUCCUACAUCUCGUCGACAAAUUUUAAUACUGUUUAGUUAUCUAAUGACCUUAAUUUCAUACUAAUUAUUAAAAGAUCCUUUGGUAUCCAAUUGGAUAAUUCUUUAAGUUGAAA